UCGUGAAGCAUGGCUGCUAACUCUGAUGAAGAGCAAAGUCUCAAGGAGUGUGAGAAUUAUGUUCAGAGGCACAACGUUCAACAAUUAUUGAAAGAAUGUAUAGUUCAACUAUGUAUGAACCGCCCUGAUAACCCUGCCACCUUUUUAAAGGAACAUUUCGAACGAAUGGAAAAGGAACAGAAGACUAAGAGUAAGUCGGCCACACCACCAAGUGAUGAGAGAGACGAGGAGAUAUCACCAAAUCUCAUGAUGACAAAACGAACAAGGAGAGGGGCCUUCAGUGCUGAAGUUUACAAGGAGGAAGAUGCUGCUCAAUACGUCAAAAAGGUUGUACCCAAGGAUUACAAAACCAUGGCAGCAUUAUCCAAAGCCAUCGCCAGAAACGUCCUUUUUUCACAUCUAGAUGAUAAUGAACGAAGUGAUAUUUUUGAUGCCAUGUUUCCAGUCCAUCGGCAUUCUGGGGAAGUUAUUAUUCAACAAGGUGAUGAUGGAGAUAACUUCUAUGUGAUAGACCAGGGAGAAGUUGAUAUUUUUGUUAACAAUGAACAUGUCACUACAAUAGGUGAAGGUGGAAGUUUUGGAGAAUUGGCACUGAUAUAUGGAACACCUAGAGCUGCUACAGUCAAGGCUAAAGGAGAUGUGAAACUUUGGGGGAUAGACAGAGACAGUUAUAGAAGAAUUCUUAUGGGAAGUACAAUAAGGAAGAGGAAGAUGUAUGAUGAAUUCCUUAGCAAAGUCUCUAUUUUAGAAAACCUAGACAAAUGGGAGCGUCUGACGGUGGCAGAUUCACUGGAGCCUGUAGAGUUUGAGGAUGGCCAGGAAAUAGUUAGACAGGGAGAACCUGGUGAAGACUUCUUCAUUAUAACAGAGGGCCAAGCAGCUGUGCUUCAGCGGAGAGCAGAGAAUGAGGAGGCGGUAGAAGUUGGCCGACUGGCACAGUCAGAUUAUUUCGGUGAGAUUGCUUUGCUGCUGGACAGACCACGUGCUGCUACCGUUGUGGCACGAGGAAAGCUUAAAUGUGUCAAGCUUGACCGCACACGAUUUGAGCGUGUGUUAGGACCAUGUUCAGACCUCCUCAAGAGAAAUGUAUCACAAUACAACAGUUUUGUGUCCUUGUCAGUGUGAACUAGCCUACUAUCUGUUUACCAAUAUUGACAAAAAAAAAAAACAAAAAAAAAUGUUAAAAUAAAAACCACCAGACUGUAACCACAAUGUUGGGUAGCAGAUGCAGGAUUGGAGCUGCAGACGUCAAACACCUCAGUAUCAUCAUCUGGAAAUCUAUCAUUGCCUCACAAAGACAGAUUUAUGGCAAAAUUGAGUCAGAAAUUGGAAAUAAUGAUAAUAGAAAUAUUUUCCUAAUAGCUGAUUUAUAAACAUGUGGUACUGAUUGUUGGUAAGAGAUGGGUAGUAUCACUUGUCUUAUUGUCUCACCGUGCUGCCAGGAACUUGUGUUUGUGAUAACAUGUUGUUGCGAGAUGAAUUCUUACAAGUGGGUUAAAUUGAUGGUGGCUUUUCUUGUUCUCUGACUAACAGUUUUGCAGCAAAAUGUUUCUUGUGCUUCAAGAGGGCAGUAGGGUUGUUAUUAUUUAUAAGUUAUCCUUUAUCUGGAGGCCACAUAAAACAUUCUCUCACCAUGGAAACUGCUGAUCUCAGAAUUGUAUACUGUAAAGUGCUGAUACAACAAAUACUCUAAAGUGUAAGUUUUAUCCAUGAAUGUAUUAGGUUACACUGUAUGAAUACAUUGUGUACUUAUGUAUACAACACUGUCUAAUGGCUGUAUUUAACAUCCUUAACCAGAUGGUUCAGUUGAUUAUAGUGUCUACCUAAGUUUGGAGGUCUGUAGUUCCAGUGGUGGGAAGUGCAGGGUUUCAGUGAUGGGAAGUUGGGUAUUCAAUGAUAGGAGGUAAGGGAAUACAGUGAUGGGAGGUCAGGGGAUACUGCUAUGGGAAGUUCAGGGAUUCAUUGAUGAGAGAUCAGGGGAUUCAGUUAUGGGAAGUUCAGGGAUUCAGUGAUGGGAGGUCAGGGGAUACAGCUAUUUGAAGUUCAGGGAUUCAGUGAUGGGAGGUCAGGGGAUACAGCUAUGGGAAGUUCAGGGAUUCAGAGAUGGGAGGUCAGGGGAUACAGCUAUUUGAAGUUCAGGGAUUCAGUGAUGGGAGGUCAGGGGAUACAGCUAUGGGAAGUUCAGGGAUUUAGUGAUGGGAGGUCAGGGGAUACAGCUAUGGGAAGUUCGGGGAUUUAGUGAUGGGAGAACAGGGGAUACAGCUAUUGGAAGUUCAGGGAUUUAGUGAUGGGAGGUCAGGGGAUACAGCUAUGGGAAGUUCAGGGAUUCAGAGAUGGGAGGUCAGGGAUUCAGAGAUGGGAGGUCAGGGGAUACAGUGAUGGGAGGUCAGGGGAUACAGCUAUUGGAAGUUCAGGGAUUCAGAGAUGGGAGGUCAGGGGAUACAGUGAUGGGAGGUCAGGGAUUCAGAGAUGGGAGGUCUGGGAUUCAGAGAUGGGAGGUCAGGGAUUCAGAGAUGAGAGGUCAGGGGAUACAGUGAUGGGAGGUCAGGGGAUUCAGAGAUGGGAGGUCAGGGGAUUCAGUGAUUGGAAUUCUGGGGAUUCAUUGAUGGGAGGUCAGGGGAUUCAGUUAUGGGAAUUGCGGGGAUUCAUUGAUGGGAGGUCAGGGGAUUCAGUUAUGGGAAAUCCAGGAAUCUGAGUAGGUAAGUUUGUUUACCGAAAGUUAGGAAGUCCAUGGUUCCAAGGAUGAAUGGACUGGGGAUCCAACUGUGUUCUGUCCAUAAAGAUACGUAAUAAAGGGGAUGAUAUACAGCAAUUAAAAUACAUUAGGUAAGAGAGACACUGAUAUUUUGGAUACAAAUUUAUAGUGCACUGUGAUUGAAUUUCACUAAUACCGUCUAAAUACAUAAAUGAUUGACUUUGAAACACUCGAAGUACAAAUACACCAAUACAUUUAGAUAUAGUGUUAAAACACACUGGAAAUACACUGAGAUUUUACAUACAAAGGAUAUUGUAGAUACAAUGUGGAUCUGUUAUUACACUGUGACAUAAUACUUUCAACGUUAACAUAUAUGUAUACACUAGUGCAUUAUACUGGAGUUAGGACAAAUUGCCAAUUCACACAACCUAUCGUUGGUAUUGAUUAGACACAAGUCGUGAUAAAAUAUGUAUAUUAUGGUUAAUGCUUAAACAAAUUUGGCAGAGGAGAGUUUUUUUGUGAGCAGCUGAUGUGCAAAGGAGGCUGUUUGUAUGUCUGUAUCAUUAUAUAGAUGUAUUUAGGAUUGUUGUAUGUAGGUAGAAACACACUGUUGUUUGCGCUCUGUCGUUGUAGUUAAACAACAAUAUAUUUAUUUUCCAAUAAGUAGUUGAUGAUCUCCGUUGCGGGACUGUAUAUCAAUUCAUUCUACUGCUGAUUACUCUAUAGGUGACUGGCUGGCCAGUGACUUUUUUGGUAGAUAUCCAGAACUUAUCACAUCGCUCAACAGUUAGAAGCACAUCACCAAUUUUAAAUUCCAUUCUGUAAUUUCAAUUAUCUGCUAAUUCAAUUUCUUUAGCAACAUUUAGGUCAUUGUUUGUUCAUUCGAGCAUAUCAUAGUAAAGAUAAGAACUAUUUUUGUGAAUUUACUGUGUAUUAACUAUAUGUACAGGUGUUGAUUGAAGUGCACUUGUUCUCAUAUGUAUUGGAAGUACAAUAAACAGUUUUAUGGGGCCUGAUACUAGAUAAUGGAGAACCCCACACAGGGAUCUUCAAUUUACCCAGUGCUAGAUCUCAGUCUACCAACUACACAACACUAUAGUGUAUUCUUCCUUUUGCUAAAACAAUGAACAACUUGCAUUUGAGAUUUUUUUUUUUGUGAAAGUAAUUAGUGAGAACUAUACACAUGUAAUGUUAACUGUUAGCAUGUGCAGUCAAGAUGUCUUUUUCCAAGACUACACAGUUACAAAUUAUAGGGGAGUUGAAUUUUUGUCCACUUGUGAGGUGCAAUGAAAUAACCCAUUGUCAUGUACCUGUUUGAUGAUGGUUUCAUUCUGGGCUUAGUGUACUAUCCCAACCUUGUGACUGGGUGGGAUUAUGUUGUUCAGCCCUUGUCUGAAAUAAUAUCCAAUCUCACCCAGUUGUAGGUAAUGAAUUGAUCAGGCAGAUAAAUAUCCUAUUUAGCAUUGUAUUUGUUCAGUCAGUAGAAAGAUCUGUACACUUAAGAAGCAUAGCAGAGGUUAUCCUCUAAAUUUCCUUGAAUCUGAAAUCUGAGUGAUUGGAAAUAUUUGUGAUGUUUUAAUAAAAUGUGUAUCGAUUUUGUAAGGAAAACAAAUGUUUGAUGUAAUUGCUUUGUAGAGUUAUAAAAAAACCAUGACGGCAGUUGACAGUCCUACAAAAACAAAUGUAUUUCUGAUGUAACGUUGUGUUUAAUAAUCAGCAGCGUUUUUAUUGCCUUGUAAUUGGUCUGUUUCUAUAGCAAUUUAUGGUCAAGAUCAAUCGGUCAUAUCUGUUUUUUUUUUUUGUUAUUGGACAUAAACAGUACUUUGUGGUUGUUUUAUCAGGCACGUGUUGUCAUGAUCUCCAGGUGCAGAGAACUGGAAUGCUGCCAUAAUGAUAGAGUCACAAACCACAGGUAGUCAGGUGGAUCUCUUAUUGUUAUGUGUUACACUGUAGUUUCUGCAGCCAUAGACAAGCACUAAUUAUGUUGAUUUUCAGCUUCAAGGAAAUCCACCAACUCCUAUCAGAAAGAUAAUAUCGUAACUAUUUACAUGAUUUAAAGAUUUAAAAGCACAAAUACAUUUUGUGGUGGUAGGGGCAAAAAAAAAAAAACAAGUCUAUCUGCGAUGAUAUUAUAACUAUCUAGAUGAUUUAAAAGCCUAGAUACAUUUUGUGGUGGUAGGGCAAAUACAAAGCAAAUCAAUGUAGUUAAAUGUAAGAUGUGUGAUGGAUCUGCUACAGAGUUAAACAAUCAAUUAGCAAAAUAAAUGUUGGAUACUUUAAAGAGAUGAUACAUUGAUUCUGAAACUUGAGGAUUCUUCAGAAUCAUCAGAUAGGGAACCAUACAGUCACUGCCAAGAGGUGAAACAAUACACCUGUCAACCCUGUUCUACAUUCUUACAACUUGUGUAUGUUGUUGUAAUAUGGCCAGAAGUUUUAGUCUAAUAUAAUUUAGUAGAACUAUUUAUGUAAAAAAUUUCUCAUGUAAAAAAAAGCUACAAUAGCAGUGUGUAAUAGUGUGUACAGAUAUAAUAUAAUUAUUUCAAAUGUAAGAUACUAAUAUAUAUACAAAAAAAUGUCAUUAUAUAGCAAUAUGAACAAUGAUGAAAUGGAGGUUCGCUUGUAGAAAUCUUUUCAUUUUUUGUUGUUCAUAUGUAAAAAAAAAAAAAAUGUUUUAUGAAAUAAAAAAAAUGUCUAAAUUG